AUGUCUUUGACUUCAACUGCAUAUUUCGGCGGUAAUGCUCCAACCACAUACCCGAAUUUCGUGCUGUCAGCUGUAACUCCCGCGCUGGUGAAACUACAUUCGACCAUAGCAAAUCAAAGUUCGGGAUCUGACGAAAUGAAAUCCGGAAUUCGUGCACUCACAGAAAAGUUUCAAGUUGGAAAAACACAGAUUGCCGAUAUUGUGUCUAACACAGAAGAAAUUUAUAAAGUGUGGGUCGAAAAUGGAAAUGAAGAACGAAAAUUAACGAAAUUAAGAAAAUGUGAAGGCAGUGUGAUUGAUAAAGAACUUUUGGUCUGGUUUAGCAAAACUCGGGAAAAAAAUAUACCAGUUUCCGGACCAACAAUACAGGAAAAGGCUAAACAACUUGCUGAAGUUCACGGAUUAAAUGAUUUUAAAGCUUCAAACGGGUGGCUUGAAAAAUUUCGAAAACGGCAUAACAUUUCGUAUAAAUCUGUUUGUGGCAAAGCUUCAGCCGUUGAUAGAAUAGCUGUUGAUGACUGGAAGAAAAAGUUACCAAACAUAAUCGAUAAAUAUGAAAAUCGAGACAUCUUCAAUGCCGACGAGACUGGACUUUUUUUUAAAGUUCUACUUAAUAAAACUAUGGCAUUUAAAAAUGAAACUUGCAGCGGUGGAAAAGUUUCAAAAGAACGAUUGACUGUGCUAUUGUGCUGUAAUAUGAUUGGUGAGUUUGAACGUCCUCUCGUCCUAGGUAAGGCAAAACGACCGCGAGCUUUCAAAAAAUUAGACGUAAAUAAAUUUCCCGUUGACUGGUGUUGGAAUAAAAAGGUCUGGAUGACGACACAGAUUAUGACAGACUGGCUUAUGAAAUUUGAUAAACAAAUGAUAAAAAAUCGAAGAAAAGUACUACUUUUUGUCGACAAUGCAGCUCCUCAUCCCCAUCUUAAACUACAAAAUGUUGAGCUAGUCUUUUUUCCCCCAAAUAUGACGUCUCACUGUCAACCUCUGGACCAAGGCAUAAUUCAACAAUUUAAAAAGCUCUAUCGUAAGCAACUGUUACAAAAAGCAGUUGCUGAUUUGGAUCUGGAGACUCUAGCACUAUAA